AUAUGGUGGUGAGUACGAUACUAUGGCAACGCUGCGGUAGUGAAUGUAAACAAACAUUCCGAUGUAGGGCGCCGCCGCCUCCCUGCUGUUUCCCUGCUGUCCUCCGCCAUGGGGAACUGCCUGCUGCUGCUCGGCCUCAAGAGGGAGAAACGGCCGGUCACACUCCUCCUUGUGGGAUUAGACAGCGCAGGGAAAACAACAGCAGCAAAAGGAAUUGUUGGAGACCCCGUGGAGGAUGUUGCCCCGACGGUUGGGUUCGCCCCGGAAUACCUGGAGUACCGGGGCUGCGAGGUCACCAUAUAUGAUCUCGGGGGCGGGGCCAAGAUUAGACCUGUAUGGAGCAAGUAUUUCUCGGAGGUUCAUGGCAUCAUCUUCGUGGUGGACUCAAGUGCCGCAGCAAGGGUGGAGGAGUGCCAGGAUGUCCUCAAGGCACUGCUCUCCGACCCCAAGAUAGCCGGGAAGCCUGUCCUAAUCCUCGCCAACAAGCAGGAUGUGGAAGGGGCCAUGGAUGAGAUAGACUUGGUGGAAGGGUUGAAAGUGGAGAGAGAGCUCCUCCGCCUCCACCACCUCCUCCUCCUCCACCUCUUCCACUCUUCCUCCACCAGGUGGCUCGUUGAUACCAUUGUCGUCCACUACAAGGAGAUCAACAGCCGAGUCUUGAAGGACUUGGAGAGAGAGAGAGAGAAACAGCGGAGAGAGAUGGAGGAGAGGAAGGAGAGAUUGAAGGAGUUGAGAUUGCAGAGGGAGAGAGAGAUGGAGGCGUUACGAGGAGGAGGAGGAGGAGGAGGAGAGGAGGAAGAGGAGGAGGAGGAGGAGAGAGUGAAGAGUCAACCACAUUCAAAGUCUCCAUCUUCUCCUCCUCCUCCUUCUUCCUCCUCCUCGCCGCAGUCUUCCUCCCCUCCUCCUCCUCCUCCUUCCUCUGUGGUGACGAAAGCGGAGGUGCUCGAGAGGAAGAAGGAAGAGGAGGAAGAGGAAGAGGAAGAAGAAGAGGAGGAGGAAGAGAAGCCAUCGUCUAGUAAAGUUCUGAAUGGCUCUCUACCCCAGGAUAAAAGAAAACCUCGGAAAACCUCAGCGGUCGAGAAGCAGGAGUUGAAAGAGCUUGGAUUUGAGUCCUCCGUGGAGUUGGCGCAAGAGUCCACCUCCUCCUCCUCCUCCACCUCCUCCGUCUCCUCCUCCACCUCCUCGCUAGUGAAGGUCCCAGCCACCACCACCAUCACCACCACCACCACCACCACCACCACCACCACCACCACCUCGCCACCACACCGGGUCAUACAGGUGAAGAACUCAUCACCACCACAACCUCAACACCACCCCACCACCACCACCACCACCACCACCACCUCCGUGUCAUCACCAUCUGUAUUAUCUGUGAAUAGUGGUCAAAGGUCGCGGCUAGAAUUGUCCAGUGAAAGGAGACAGAGCGAGUGCAUACCAAUUGACUCCGAUGAUGACCUCUUUGACCUCGACCUCACCAGUGACCUCCCAGCGGCGGCCGUGACCUCCAAUGACCUCCAGCCCCACAACCUCCACCUCCAGAACAACUUUAUGCAGAACGGAACAGCCAACCACAACAACAACAACAACAACAACAACAGCCACAGCAACCUCGAACUUGAGACUGCCGGGAAACAGGGCAAGAAAAAAUCGUUCCUCCGGAGAUACCACAAAACUGCUCCGCUACUGACGAGGGAUUCAGAAGUCCACCCACAGCAUGCCUAGAGAGAGAGAGAGAGAGAGAGAGAGAGAGAGAGAGAGGGGUGGGUGAGUGUGAGAGAGAGUGUGUGUGUGAAUGAGAGAGAGAGAGAGAGAG